AUGUGUCUCAGUCCCUCGAGUGGGGACACGGGGGAUGUUGGGGUCAUUGGGGACAAUGGGGGCCAGUCCCUCGUGGUGGGCACGUUGGGGACGUCAGGCCGUGCAAAUGCCGGCAUUGGAUCCGCCGACAGCUCCGAGGGUAGGACCGAUGGUGGGGCCCAGGGAGGAGCCAACACCGGCAGCGAGGUUGGCUCCAAGGCCAAGUCCGGUGCCAAGGGCGGUGCCGACGUUGGCUCCGAUGGCAGCUCCAACACCGAGGCCAACACCAGAUCCAAGAGCAGGGUCAACACUGGCUCCAAGGCCAAGGCCAAUGGUGGAUCCAAGAGCAGAGCCAGCGUUGGCUCCAACGGCAGCUCCAGCACCAAGUACAACACCGGAUCCAACGUUGGCUCCAGCACCGAGUCCAAUGCUGGUGUCAAUACUGGUUCCAAGAGCAGAGUCAACGUUGGCUCCAAUGUUGGCUCCAAGGCUGAGUCCAACAGUAGUGCCAACAUCAGGUCCAAGCCCAGAGCCAACGUUGGCUCCGAGCGCAGCUCCAACAGCAAAUCCAAGGGCAGAUCCAAGACCGGAGCCACCGCUGCCUCCAACGCCAGCUCCAACUGCAAGUCCAACGCCGGCAACAACAUCAGAUCCAGGAGCGGAGCCAAUGUUGGAGCCAACAUUGGCUCCGAGGCCAAGUCCAACACUGGAUCCAAGAGCAGAGCCAACGCCAGCACCCAUGUUGGCUCCAAUAGCAGCUCCAAUGCCAAGUCCAACACCCGAUCCAACAUCCGAUGUAAGAGCAGUGCCAGCGUUGGCUCCAACACCAAGUCCAACGCCAACAUCAACGUUGGAUCCGAGAGCAGCACCAACAUUGGCUCCAACUCCAGCUCCAAUGGCAAGUCCAACACCGGAUCCAAGAGAAGGGCCAACGUUGGCUCCAACACCGGCUCCAACGGCAAGUCCAACACUGGAUCCGAGAGAAGGGCCAACGUUGGCUCCAACACCGGCUCCAACGGCAAGUCCAACACUGGAUCCGAGACCAGAGCCAACGUUGGCUCCAACAGCAGCACCAACGGCAAGUCCAAUGCCAGGUCCAACACCAGAUGAAAGAGCAGAGCCAACAUUGGCUCCAAGAGCAGCUCCAACGCCAAGUCCAACAGUGGAUCCAAGACUGGA